AUGCCCUCUGUCCACUACAGAAAAGGUGUGAGGCUGAAUGAGUGCACACCGGCUAUCUCAUAGGCAUGUGCAUCCAUCAGAUGUCCUUGUGGAUUGGCGCCUCGUCCGCUUAGAGCACGGCCAGUUUGAGGAAAAUCUCAACAGACCCGACCCUCUCUCACACUACACGAACAAAAUAAAGAGCAGUGUGGGAGACACAGCACUUGAGCAGCUUCCUAUGGGGUUUUCUCAACGCCCAUCCGCCGCGUACUGGCUGGCGAGAGCGGAUGCCACUUGA